AUGAUAAAACAAAAUUUAAGUAAAUUAAAAGCCACUACUACUACUACUACUACUACUACUACUACUACUACUACUACUACUACUACUACUACUACUACUACUACUACUACUACUACUACUACUACUACUACUACUACUACUACUACUACUACUACUACUACUACUACUACUACUACUACUACUACUACUUCUACUACUACUACUACUACUACUACUACUACUACUACUACUACUACUACUACUACUACUACUACUACUACUACUACUACUACUACUACUACUACUACUACUACUACUACUACUACUACUACUACUACUACUACUACUACUACUACUACUACUACUACUACUACUACUACUACUACUACUACUACUACUACUACUACUACUACUACUACUACUACUACUACUACUACUACUACUACUACUACUACUACUACUACUACUACUACUACUACUACUACUACUACUACUACUACUACUACUACUACUACUACUACUACUACUACUACUACUACUACUACUACUACUACUACUACUACUACUACUACUACUACUACUACUACUACUACUACUACUACUACUACUACUACUACUACUACUACUACUACUACUACUACUACUACUACUACUACUACUACUACUACUACUACUACUACUACUACUACUACUACUACUACUACUACUACUACUACUACUACUACUACUACUACUACUACUACUACUACUACUACUACUACUACUACUACUACUACUACUACUACUACUACUACUACUACUACUACUACUACUACUACUACUACUACUACUACUACUACUACUACUACUACUACUACUACUACUACUACUACUACUACUACUACUACUACUACUACUACUACUACUACUACUACUACUACUACUACUACUACUACUACUACUACUACUACUACUACUACUACUACUACUACUACUACUACUACUACUACUACUACUACUACUACUACUACUACUACUACUACUACUACUACUACUACUACUACUACUACUACUACUACUACUACUACUACUACUACUACUACUACUACUACUACUACUACUACUACUACUACUACUACUACUACUACUACUACUACUACUACUACUACUACUACUACUACUACUACUACUACUACUACUACUACUACUACUACUACUACUACUACUACUACUACUACUACUACUACUACUACUACUACUACUACUACUACUACUACUACUACUACUACUACUACUACUACUACUACUACUACUACUACUACUACUACUACUACUACUACUACUACUACUACUACUACUACUACUACUACUACUACUACUACUACUACUACUACUACUACUACUACUACUACUACUACUACUACUACUACUACUACUACUACUACUACUACUACUACUACUACUACUACUACUACUACUACUACUACUACUACUACUACUACUACUACUACUACUACUACUACUACUACUACUACUACUACUACUACUACUACUACUACUACUACUACUACUACUACUACUACUACUACUACUACUACUACUACUACUACUACUACUACUACUACUACUACUACUACUACUACUACUACUACUACUACUACUACUACUACUACUACUACUACUACUACUACUACUACUACUACUACUACUACUACUACUACUACUACUACUACUACUACUACUACUACUACUACUACUACUACUACUACUACUACUACUACUACUACUACUACUACUACUACUACUACUACUACUACUACUACUACUACUACUACUACUACUACUACUACUACUACUACUACUACUACUACUACUACUACUACUACUACUACUACUACUACUACUACUACUACUACUACUACUACUACUACUACUACUACUACUACUACUACUACUACUACUACUACUACUACUACUACUACUACUACUACUACUACUACUACUACUACUACUACUACUACUACUACUACUACUACUACUACUACUACUACUACUACUACUACUACUACUACUACUACUACUACUACUACUACUACUACUACUACUACUACUACUACUACUACUACUACUACUACUACUACUACUACUACUACUACUACUACUACUACUACUACUACUACUACUACUACUACUACUACUACUACUACUACUACUACUACUACUACUACUACUACUACUACUACUACUACUACUACUACUACUACUACUACUACUACUACUACUACUACUACUACUACUACUACUACUACUACUACUACUACUACUACUACUACUACUACUACUACUACUACUACUACUACUACUACUACUACUACUACUACUACUACUACUACUACUACUACUACUACUACUACUACUACUACUACUACUACUACUACUACUACUACUACUACUACUACUACUACUACUACUACUACUACUACUACUACUACUACUACUACUACUACUACUACUACUACUACUACUACUACUACUACUACUACUACUACUACUACUACUACUACUACUACUACUACUACUACUACUACUACUACUACUACUACUACUACUACUACUACUACUACUACUACUACUACUACUACUACUACUACUACUACUACUACUACUACUACUACUACUACUACUACUACUACUACUACUACUACUACUACUACUACUACUACUACUACUACUACUACUACUACUACUACUACUACUACUACUACUACUACUACUACUACUACUACUACUACUACUACUACUACUACUACUACUACUACUACUACUACUACUACUACUACUACUACUACUACUACUACUACUACUACUACUACUACUACUACUACUACUACUACUACUACUACUACUACUACUACUACUACUACUACUACUACUACUACUACUACUACUACUACUACUACUACUACUACUACUACUACUACUACUACUACUACUACUACUACUACUACUACUACUACUACUACUACUACUACUACUACUACUACUACUACUACUACUACUACUACUACUACUACUACUACUACUACUACUACUACUACUACUACUACUACUACUACUACUACUACUACUACUACUACUACUACUACUACUACUACUACUACUACUACUACUACUACUACUACUACUACUACUACUACUACUACUACUACUACUACUACUACUACUACUACUACUACUACUACUACUACUACUACUACUAAAACUACUACUAAAACUACUACUACUACUAAAACUACUACUACUACUACUACUACUACUACUACUACUACUACUACUACUACUACUACUACUACUACUACUACUACUACUAAAACUCUUCACUUUUAUUCUCCUUCCACUUUUUCUCCCCAGUAUUUUAAAAAAUAA